AUGACAGACCCAUUAAAGUUCAGGUUUGACGUGACCUGCCACAAGCACCUGACAUCACCUGACGGUCUGCAGCUUCCUAAAGAGGUAUGCGCGGCCGAGUGUGCCUUCAGUCAUUGUCAUCGUCAUCAUCGUCGUCGUCGUCGUCCUUCGUUGUCGUCGUACUUACUCCCUAGGGAGACUGGGAGUUUCAGGAGAAGAGUUCCUCCAUGGAGUGACUUGGCAGCUGCUCCCCGGUCAUUGUUCCGGCGGCAGCAUAUGCUAAUUGCUAUUCGCUCAAUUUUAGGUGCAGGUGUCCACUUCCACUGCCUUGAUUCCAUCGUCUGGAGGGGAAGCCGUCGGCCCAGGACUGGCCUUACUAGUAGUGUUCGGUUAAAGCGGGCAACCGGCAGCUCAGGCCAUUGGGAUUUGGGGGAAAAGAGGGGGGUGGAGCCUCAGGAACCAAAGGCUGAGGGCGCUUUACCGUAA